AUGGAUUCAACAUCGGAUUUCACAUCUUGUAUGUGUCCGGAUUCAAUGCGACCAUAUAACAACGUCCACUCUAUGUGGUCCUUGAAAAUGGCUAUUAGAUACACCUUUCAUACAACUCAAGAUCAGUAUACUCGAGAAUCACUAAUCGAAUAUACAAUUAACGAUCUUGUUGCUCUGACCAAACUAUACAUAUAUUGGUUUUGUAACAAAUUUGAUUUUCUUGAUAGGAAUUCUAUGGAUACAUCUACUUCCACUUCGAUUACCCACCAUGAACAUACUGCUUUACCGUUAUACUUCAUAUUGUCGGAUAGUCAUGGUAAAAAUUUGCAAUCCACAAUUACAACACCGUAUUAUCAAAUUAAAACUCGAUCAAUAUCAGGUCUACAAUGGGUGAAUACAUAUGACUACACCUUAUGCACACAAAAUGUACUUAAUUCACCAUCAAUAUCAUCGAUUUUAUCAUCCGCUACAGGGGUGUUGUUUUUAAUUGGUACAAACUCGGUCCGUUCGAUGCCUGCGUUACGAAUAAUACAACAAGUCGAAGCAAUCGUGAAUAUGAUACGUUUAAAUCAUCAUCAUAUUGAUCAUCUCGGAAAAAUUACUAUCGCUGCCACCUUUCCUUGUUUGAAAGUAUCCUCUUGUUUUCCAACGAUUGAUCUACUAUUAAAUAACAUCAAUUUGUACAAUCAACAGCUAGAAAUAUUAUCGCGUCGACUUGGGUUUUCUUUUCUCGACUUUCAUAUUACUCCAGAACAUCUUCAUCGUGAUCAUCUGCAUUUACAACAUCAAUAUAAAAACAUUCUCCAUACCACGAUUGUUCAGUAUUUUGAUAGUAUCAUAGCCAAACAAAUUAAGUCUCCUCAAUCUCAACACCGUACUUCAACAGCUAUAACACGUCGAAACAAACGACGGCACGAGAAACUUAAAGAAAAACAACAACAACACAUACUUACACGUUCUCUCUCUCAAUCAUGGACAAUCCCUGACAUCAAAAACAUAUUAAAACAUCACGCAAUAAAAUUCGCUCGAAUAUGUUCGGUCGCUAAUCAUAAAAUUCGUAUCCAAUUUAACAACACCAAGGAUCAACAACAUGCAGAUAACCUUAUCUCAUUGACUUUCUUCGACGACAACAACUUUGCAAUUUGGCAUGAACAAAAAUAG